CUCCACAGGCACAACAGUUACAUUAGCAUCUCCAGCAGCAUACUGAGGGGGAAUCACAGAAAGAGAAAGAGGGAGGGGCAGAGAGAGAGAGGGGGUAGAAGUUGAAGAGCAGGGGUAAUCACGGUCAGUCAGAGAGAGAGAAAGAGAGUGGACAGUGAGCGCGAGAGAUGCUUUACAGAGGAGCUGUGGAGCGAGAAAGAAUGUAACAGGCAGAUAGAAGGAGGAGCGCAGAAGAGAGAGACGGAGGAAAGCUGCUCUUUUUCUUUCCCCUUCCACACGCUACUAUACCUGCUUUCUCUCUCUCCCCCCACCUUGCCUCAGACCUUCAAUUUUGGGCUGUUCCCUCACUCCCCUCCUCCCUCUCUGCCUCCUCCUAUCGUACACGCUAGCGCUUGCUUUGGGCUGGGAGUGUGGCGCACCUCUCUCUCUCUAAUCUCGGUUGGUUUUGUCUCUGUUGCUCUGCUGCUGCUCUCACAGGGGACUCGUCGCCGGGAAACGGGAAUACAAACAUGGGAGUGACAGGCAGAUUGACUGCAGACAUGAUGGGAAUGGUAGUGGGAUUGAGCGGGAACGGCACUGGAUUUUCCCAUCAAUUCCGUCUCCCUCCCACCGACAUGCAGGAUUAACCAGGAACACAACUUGGAUUCCCCCAGUUCCCAUCGGAGCAGACACCUGCUGGAGCACCUCUGCCUGUAUGACUACAACUGGGGAGAAGGAGAAGAGACGUAAAGAGAGAUGAGAGAAGAGGCUUAUGAGGCUUUCCAAGCCUCGGCCAAAAUGUGACAUUUAUUUGAGGAUUUUGAAAAAGGUCAAAACUAGAGAUUAUAAAAGAGGGGGGUAUUAGUAUAUGCCCCCCCCCCAACGAGAGUGGAUUUGAGAAUGGGCCCUGUUUGGCACCUCCUGUUGCUGCUCACGCCCCUCCUUUCAGCACAGGUUAGCAUAGUUUCUGAAUUGGGGACUACAGCCGAGUCAGAGGACCCAACGGCGUCCGUUGUGAGUGCUACAGGGGAGUCGGGCACCCCCUACAGCCCCGAUCCCUCAGGGUCGGUCACGACCCCCUCAGAAGCCCCAAAGGAGGACUGGACGUCGGCAGAGAUCUUUCUCUACAGCGGGGACUACUCCGUCUUGGGGAUAGUGGAGUGCGACCGGGCGUACAGUCUCACGGGUCAGAACGGCCCCCUGCCGCGAGGGUUCUAUGGCCCCCUCCGACAGUCCAUGGACGCCCUGGCCAACACGGCCAACUUCCUCAACAUGAUCUUCCAGGCCAGCGACCUGCGGGAGAGCAGUGUGCGAGAGGACAUGGAGUGGGGUGUAAUCCGUGUGGAUGUAAACGUACAGGGCUUUGAUGUGAACCAGUGUGACACGGGGGACGCUUGGUUUUCCAACACACACCAGUGCAACCGCACCACCAUGGAGAAGUUCAGAACGAGAAACCAUGAACGACAUCCUUCCCCCAAUCCCCAUGCACCCAUCACUCAUCUGACAGACAGAAACAACACAGGAGCACACCCAUAUCCCAAUCUCAUCAGCAUCAUCCCCUCUCUWGUCUCAUCCUGUCCCCUCAUGGAACAUCCAGAGACAGGUCAGAGGUGGAACAAGAGAGAGAUUGAUUUCCAGUGUGAGCCAAUCACAGGMCAGGGAUUCAGAUUGGGCCAGUACUGCUGUCGCUGCAAAGAGGGAUACUACAGCCCCCCAAUGGACGAAGGUGGUGCYCUGAACRACAGCGGUGGGGAGGGRGGURGCRUGUGUUACCCGGCCCUGCCCAUCUGUCUCCCCUGUUGGCCGGGCUGCAGGCGCUGCGAGGACGGCACCCCCUGUUGGGUAGAGGAGGACCGGUUCCUCAGAGCCGGGGUGCUGGCCGUCCAGGGCUUCUUCAUGCUGCUGGUGUUCAUCAGCAUGCUGGUGGCCUACCAGUUCAGACGCAGCAGGAGGAUCCGGGCAUCAGGUCUCCUGCUGUUAGAGACCAUCCUGUUUGGCUCUCUGCUCCUGUACUUCCCGGUAUUCAUCCUGUACUUCAAGCCCAGCACCUUCCGAUGCAUCCUGCUUCGCUGGGUGCGACUUCUGGGCUUUGCCAUAGUCUAUGGAACGGUAACACUGAAGAUAUAUAGGGUUCUCAAGGUGUUCCUGUCGCGCACAGCCCAGAGAGUGCCCUACAUGUCCAGCAUACACCUGCUGAGGUUGCUGGGAGUCAUGGUUGUGACCGUCAGCUGGUUCCUGUGUGCGUGGACCGCRGGCGUUCUACAGAACCGUGACCGYAACGUCCCGUUACUGAUCAUAUCGACCACGUCGGAUGGUCAGGGCUUCAGCCUCUGUGACCUGGACCGCUGGGACUACAUGAUGGCCGUGGCCGAGCUGAUGUUUCUGUGCUGGGGCAGUUUACUGUGCAGUGCUGUGAAGCCAGUGCCCUCAGCCUUCCACGAGCCUCGCUACAUAGGUAUCGCCAUACACAACGAGCUGCUGCUAUCCUCCAUGUUCCACCUGCUACGGUUUGUCAUGCCCUCUCUGCAUCCUGACUGGAUGCUGUUGCUGUUCUUCACCCAUACGCACGUCACUAUCACUGUGACACUCGCCCUGCUCUUCAUACCCAAGUUCCUCUAUGUUUCGAGGGCGGGGAGAGAGGAGAUUGCAGAGGAGGUUUAUGAGGAUGAGGUGGAAUUGCGGCGAUCCGGCUCGUACCUCAACAGCAGUUUUACCUCAGCAGUUUGGAGUGACCACAGCUUGGACCCCGAUGACAUUCGGGAUGAGCUGAAGAAAUUGUAUGGUCAAUUGGAGGUCCACAAGACCAAGAAGAUGACAGCAAACAACCCCCACCUGCAGAAGAAGCGCAKCUCUCGGCGCGGGCUGGGCCGGUCCAUCAUAAAGCGUAUCACUGAGAUCCCAGAGUCCAUGAGYCGACAGUGCAGCCGUGAUGGCAAAGAGGUCAACYUGGGCAGCAGGGAUGUUACGCACGCCGAGUCCUGUAAGAGAGCGCCAGAUACUUUGAGCAUAAAUUACAAAGAUGAACCAGUAAAGCAGCCUUCACCAGUGCUGUGUAAAUCUCAAAGUGACUAUGACUAUGUAACCGAUAAAGACCCCUCCUUGCACGACACCAUGUUAAGGGCGAAUCUAGCUAAGAGAUGCUCACAGCGCUCUGAGACAGACUCGCUGGAUAUCGCACCAUUGGUCUGUAAGUCGGCCAGUGCCCAAAACCUUACAGUCGAUAACAAUCUCUUGUUUCCUGGACCUACCAAGCUACACAAGUCACUGAGUUUAGCGUCCACUAAAGCCCACAGUCUGGAAGACACCUACCGGGUUGGAAGAAAUACCCCAGGCGAGCAAGGGCAGUCCCAACAGGAUAUCGCUAUCAAGGACCAGACCUCAAGUGCCCUUGUGCAAUCCCAGUCUUAUGACAAGGCCGAAGUGUGUCCCUGGGAGUUGGCGGAGGAACGCCCUGCCAAUAAGAACCAGCCACACGUUACCUUUGCUCCCUCUGAGGAAGAACCACAGAGCCCAGAGAGUAUAUCAUCACCAAUACUGAAACAUAUUUGCCCCUGGGACCAUUUACCUGUUCCUACCCCAGCAGAAAGUCCUGCUGGGGAUUCACAAGGCGGAGAGGCAGAAUGCGAGUCCCCGAGACCCCAGGCUCCCAUCUCCACUAGUGUACCUGGGUCCCCAAAGGCUGCAAAGGACAUGCGGGCCUUCUCCUUCCGCACUUCCACCCAGAAAUGGCUCUCUGUGAAAUCUUUCGUAGGAUCUGUGGAUGCAAGCAUCAAGGAAAAAUCCAAAAAGGAGACAGCAGGAGAUACGGUAAAGAAACAGGACUCAAUAUCACAAAAAAGCCAGGGGAGUGUAGCCGCCAUCGCCGUCAUCGCAGCAUUAAAAUUAAAAACGCCAAGCAUUUCCAGCGCAGAAACGAAAUCACAAAGUGUUUCAAACUUGGAGAAGAAAUCUAAUGUUUCAAGCAUAGACAAAAGGACACAGCAAAAAAGAAGUAUGACAACAGUAGAUGUGAAACCUGCCCUCGUGAAACAGGCUGCAAUCAGACUGUCCUCAAGUGAUUCCUCUGAAAGAAGUCCUAGGAGAAUAGUGGUUGUACAGUCCACUGUCUAUCCCUGGGACUCAGAGGACAUGCAAAAGGACAGUGUGUAUGAAAACGUGUUCAUCUCAAGGGAAAGCACUGCACAUAGCACAGCUAAGACUCCUUCCACUCACAGAAGAGGUAGCCAAAUUAGGCCUGCUCUGAGUGUUUCCCAAUCAGAUAUUUGCCCAUGGGAUGUUCCUGCUUCCUCCCAGCAGGCCCCACAGAGACAACAGAGCACCACAGCAGACAUCUGCCCAUGGGAGGUGGGGGAACCAGAGGAGGAUCCAAAGGCGCCUGCACGUGCCAGUGUAUGUCCUUGGGAAUCAGAAGAAGUAUUUAAAAGACGGGAGAGUGUCCGGGGAGAUGUAUGCCCUUGGGAAGGUGAUGUUUCCACUAUCCCAAUUACCUCAGCGUCCAACCAGUCUGAGGAGAAACCAGAGGGUCUGAACAAGAAACCAACAGAUGUAUGUCCUUGGGAAACUGAUGAAACGCCACAGAUUUCUCACGGCCUGAAACCCCAAAAGAGUGUACGGGUUGAUGUCUGCCGUUGGGAUGUGGGGGAUUCCUUCCCUGAAAAAGUAAAGGUGCCGAUUAUUUAUGAAAAUGUUAAUCCACAGGAGGACAAGGGAUUACGUAAUGCGCCACCAAAAUGUCAGGAGACAAUACAUGCCAAUGUCUGUCCAUGGGAAUCUGAAGAGACCCCUAAAUCCCAAGACGGUGUACGGGAGAAUGUCUGUCCUUGGGAAUCAACAGACACGCCAAGCAUUGGGAAACAAGAUGUACAAACAAAAAGCACAGAGCAAGCUAAAUCUGCCCCUGAAAAACUAAGUGUCCCCUUAGCAAAAGCAUGUCCAUGGGAAUUCCCUGACCCACCAAAAGAUUUGACAGUACUUUGUCCUUGGGAAGAGGAGAGUCCAAUGCCACCCAUAACCAUAAAGAUCACCAAAACAUCAUUUUCCCAGGAGACCACUGUUGCAAAAACAGACAUUUGUCCAAGGGACAUUGGAGACCAAGAAAAGACAGAUGGAAAAGACGGCCCUUGUACAAAUGUUUGUCCUUGGGAAACUCAAGGCAGAACUCAAGCUGAUCCAAAAGAGACUGACAGCAUUCGAGUAAAUAUUUGUCCUUGGGAGACUGAGAAAACAGAGAAAACAGAGCAGCAAGACAGCACUCUGGCAAUUGUCUCCAUGGAAACAGGAAAGACUAAACGACAAGACAGCGUUCUAGCAGAGGUUUAUCGUUGGGAAACUGGGGCAAAUGAUGAGCCAGACAAGACAAAAAGACGAGAUGGCACUCAAACGGACGUUGGUCCACGGGAAACUGAGGAGCCAAAAAAGACAGAGGAGAAAGAUGGUGUCAAAGUUGAUGUUUGUGCCUGGGAAACUGGAGAGACUGACAAGACAAAUGGACAAGACAGUACUAAAGCAGAUAUCUCCAAGGAAACACAAAAAGAGAAAAGACGAGACAGUGUUCGAGUUAAUAUUUGUCCUUGGAACACUAUGUCCCGAAGAACCAGAAAAGAUGAAAAAGCAAGACGGUGUUCGGGCAGAUGUUUGUGUAUGGGAAACUGGUCCAGCUGA